AUGGGCAUUUAUGGUUCAGGGAUCCUCUGGACCGAGGAGCCGUUUAAACUCAGGCAGAACGUGGGAGUGGGGUUAUGUGUCCUCUCUCCCUUCUCUUGUCUCUUGCAGCCCAGCACAGCACCCCCAAAACCCAAACCUCCCCCACUCACCAAGGAGACCGUCGUCUUCUGGGACAUGCGCCUGUGGCACGUGGUUGGCAUAUUUUCCCUCUUUGUCCUGUCUAUCAUCAUCACUCUAUGCUGUGUCUUCAACUGCCGAGUGCCCCGGACCAGAAAGGAGAUAGAGGAACGGUAUCUGCAGAGGAGGGCGGCUAAGAUGUACACAGACAAGCUGGAGACCGUCCCCCCGCUGACAGAGCUAACUGAGGUCCCUGGAGGUGACAAAAAGAAGAAAAAGAAGGACACUGUGGACACAGUAGCCAUUAAAGUGGAGGAGGAUGAGAAGAAAGAGGGGAAGAAAUGAAGGGUCUCCUGAUCCCCCAAUGUACCUCACAGAUUCACAGAAUGUCCAGAAGA